GAAUGUGGUAGAGAGGGACUUUGGCAAAAGUUCAAUAACUUUAUAUUAUAGUUUUUUUUAUGUGAUAUUAUAACUUUUUUAAUUUUAAUCAAAUUAUUGUGAUAUAGUUUUCAAUUAGAAGAAUCUACUGUGUCGAUAGCUUGGCAUAAUUUACCGUAUAAAGUAUGUUCUAAGCAAUGCUGAACAUUCUGUGAACUGACACUUGAAGUAAAGCUGUCCGCUCUGCUAAAAAUGAUGGAAGUUAAUCAACCUAUCGAUGCACUGAAACUACAGAAUAUGAAUUCGGUUGCAACGGUUCCUAACGACGAUGCUGCCGUUGAUCUACCAGAGUCAUUACUCGAUACUGCACUGGUAAAGCAGAAUGGAACAAGUAAUAAAACUAUAUGCUCGGAAGUGUCGAUGGAAAUUGAUGAGAGUAAAGAGUUGCAUGAUGAAGACUCGAUGGAGCGGUUAACUUAUAGUGAGGUAGACAAUGAAGGAGAUGAAGGCCAAAUCAAGGAAGAUAUCAAUGAUAACAGUGAUCUGGCCAAAUCCAUUUCCGAUACACUGGUCAACGAUAUUAUACAUUUAAACAAGAAUGCAGAUUGUCCAGAAAUAGUGGCAGUUCCUGAUCGGUUAACCAAGGAAGAUCUUUCUUAUGCUCCGCCCACGGUAGAAGAUGCUAAUAUUGAUGAUACUCUAGUAGAGCUUUCUACGGAAGGAACCACCGAAAUAGGCGAAGAGCUAGAUGAAAAUCUUUUGUUGGAGGGUGAGGACGAUAAUGACAUUGGAGAUGAACCCGAGGUAGACGAAUGUUUGCUUCUAGAAGAUACGGAAAUGGAAGAAGUUCCAAUACAAAUUUCUAACGAUGAUGUUGCUUCCAUGCAGGAGUCUGUCAUACAGAUUGAAGAUAGUGUGCUUAGUACCGAAAAGACUGAAGAUGAGACGAUCACUGAUAACAGUGUCAUAGCAAUCGAUGAAAGCGGACUAAGCAUUCUUAACACUGCCGCAGUGGAUAUGGGUGACGUUACAGUGGACGAAUCAAUGAGGUUCAUAGAUGAGAAAGAGCAGGAAAAAGUUACGAAUGAAGAGCAAUUAGAACCGCCGCAACUGACGGAACCAAACGAACCACCUGUUUUAGCCAUGAUGGAAGAUAUGGUCGCAGAUGUUUCAGAUAACCUAAAAACCGACGAUAAAGAAGAAUGCCUCGUAGUGCCAGAACAGGCAGACGAACAGAUUCCAAUGUCUUGUCCUUCACCGGAAAUCAGCGAUCUGAUCAAGUUUCCAGAUGUUGACAAUAUUGUUGAAAAUAAUGUUCAAGACAAUGCUCCCGAAACAUCUACAUCUGUUAAUGAACCAAUUGAAGUAGUUUCCGAGGAAGCCGGCUUGAUCGAAGAUACUACAGAAAGCACACCUGCAGAAGACAAAACGCAGCUUGAAGAGGUCGACCAUGUUACAGAUGAUAUAUCGGAUCUGAUAGAUUUGAACAAUUGUACAAUUAUUCCAAACGAAAAGUCAAACCUGGAUGAUGUAGAUCCAGAAAUAUCCGAUCUUAUAAAAUUUCCCAAUGAAAGCGUUUCCAAAGAAAACUACAUACCAGAAAAAGACAAUGAUGAUACCGAGAUUUCGGAUGCACAGCGGAUAGGAGAAAAAUGUACAGAUGAUGUGGAGAAAAUGGUGAAAACUGUCGCUGAUGAUGCAUCUGAAAUUGAAAAGCAAAAGGAAACUGACGUAUCAGAAAAAGAUGAAUCAACUGAUCAGCAACCAGUUGUAACGUCUCGGCAGGCUUUACAAGCAGCAGAUGAAGAAGAUUUGUUAGAAAUGAUGGAAGAGCCGGAACGUAUGGAUCCCGAGGAUGACGACGAGGAAAAUGGCGACGAAGAUUUGGAUGAACAUAGUAGCGAAUCUGGAAGCGCAAAACAAACGCAAGCCGAGGACGAGGAAGAUUUCGAGGAAUCGGACUACGUUGGUUUGCUAGAGGAAGACGACGUUAGCGGAAAUGCCGAGGAUAACGAGACAGUUGACAAUGAUGCCGGUGGCGUUCAGGCUGAUGAGGAAGAUCUGAUAAUUGAACCUCCUCCUAGUAAGCGGAGAUGCUCCGUUGAUGUAAGAGACAGUACAGAAGUGAUGAAUGAAAAAAUGUCGGGAAAGGAGAUGGAACUCGACAGUGUUGGGGAAAAAAAGGAAGCUGACAAGAAGACGGAAGGCGAAAAAGAAAAAGUGUUAGAGAGCACUGCACAGGCGGAGAAAGCUGCUGAUGAAGAAACAAAAUCAGAGGAUGCUGGUACAUCAAUGUCAACUGAAAAUAUAAAAGAAGCUGGCGUACAGGAUCAUAAAACAACCGAAGAAGAUGAAAUAUCUGCAGAAAAUGUUUGUGCUAAGAAAGCAGAAAACGACCAGGAGACUAAAGAAAUUGAAUUGGCACCCGAGACAAUUAGCAGUGAUUUAGAAAAGCAGAAACAAAAGGAAGAACCUGUAGUAAAUAUCAACGAAGUAAACAAGGAAAAAGUUUCGUCCGACAAAGUGGACCUUCCAGAAAAAACGGAUAUUGAAACCGAGACUAAGUCCGCUGUAGAAGAAGAAAAAGUUACUAGUACUUCUGAAAAUGAUGCCAAGUCAAUUCCAGAUGAAAAAGAAGAAGAAAGUCCUAAAGUUGAAACAUCCUCUUGCAAGACAUUACCUGAUGUAGAUAUCAAAUCUAAAUCUAUUGUCGAUCAAGAUGAGGUUCUGGUGAUUGAUGAUGAUGAUGAGGAGCCAGAAAAGCAGCCCGAACUAUUGAAAACUGAAGAUGAAUCAGCUUCUGAAGAACAGAUGAAGGAAGAAAAGGAUUCAUCAUUGGCUACAACCGGGAAACGUCCAUGCCCAGAGGACAAAUUAGACGAGAAAGAAGUAAAACCUGAAUCUAUAAAAAAGAUGCGCCUGUCUGAGGAUGAUAGCAAGCUGGAAAAACUGAAGGAUGUUGCCAAAGUUCCAAAAGAAGAGAAAAAAUCUGCCCUAGAUUCGAUUCAGCCAUUGACAUUAGUUUUAGAUCCGGCUCCUGCAGAGCAUCUCAAUGAAAAGAAACCGGUAAGGUUGGACUUUUUGGAUAAGUUCAAGAAACCUCUAGAGAAAAUGGAACGAACAGAUUUGGAAGAGUUCGUGCUUCAGAAGAUAGUAGAAGGAAUUGCUUUCAAGUCGGCUAUUGCUGAAAUGAGAACUCAGUUGGAUAGUCAAGAUUUGUUAUUACAGGGGUAUCGUCAGAAAGUGCAUGAUUUAAACAAGCAGUUUAAAGAUCUUGAAAUGGUUCAUGAAAGAGUUGUAAAGGAUUUGGAGAAGAAAAAUCAGCAUUUUAUCACGCCAGUUAAAAUUACAAGAGCUGUUGGUUUGCAAGUAUCACAGCCGCGUUUUGUUCCUGGAAAUCGACCUUCCGUGGGAAGUACAUCAACAACUAACUCUCCUAAGGCUUCGACAGGCCGUUCUGCAGAAACGACGCCCGCAAGUUCGCCUAAUCGUAAUACUCCUCAAACCAACGUUCAAAAUCGUCGGUCGCAAAUCAUUCGAGUUCCGCCGGUCGUAACCGGUUCUAAAACUCCUGUAGGACAAAAUACAAACCGUCCAAAUCAGCAAGUAGCGACGAUCACCAAAUCUUCCCCAGUCGCUUCAGUAGGAACACCAAACAAAACCGUGUCUGCAGUACAAACUAACAUGGUCACCAAUAAUUCUCCUCAACAGCAGCAAACUGGCACAGUUGCAUCCGCUACAACGACACCUACAGGUGCAGUUCCUCCACUUACUAGAAAAAGGCCGCUUCAAAAGUUUACCCCAAUGCGACCACCGCUAUCAAUUACACAGCAGGUUCAGCAGCAACAGCAAACAAGACAAAUGCAAGAACAUCUAGUGCGCCAGCAAAUUCAGGAAGUUCAAACGGUUCAAACUGUCAACGCUACUCCUGGAAGCCAACCGCAAAGCCCUCUGUCGCAGUCACCUCAAGGAUCACCACUUACUCGCACUCCAGAACCGUCUCCAUUAGGAAUAGCACCCGCUCGUGUUCCGCCAAUCGUGAUGAAGAAAGUGGGACAGCAGGUGAAAGGAACACCCACUACAAUGCAAAUUAUCAGUCGUCAGACUCCUUCGAUGGUUUCAUCCGCCUCAUCUGGUACCAUUCGUACGAUUACCACAAGUACAAGCACUGUUAUCGCUCCACUUACAGCUACUAUGGACAAUUCGUUGAUCGAUCUGACAGAUGAAGACGAUGCACCGAAGCCAACUACUGCUGUAGUAGCUUCGACAGCAAGUGUUGUUCCAAAACCACCGAUAACUAUUUUAAAUGGACAGCAACAACAGUACGUGCAGCGACAAGGUGGUUCUAUGCCUCCGCUCGUGGUAAUCAAUCAACAGCGAGUAGUAAAUCGGGCUACUAUACAGCAACGACCAAUAGCUAAUGGAACAGUCAAUACAGUUACUAAUCGUUCGAUGGUGAUUCAAAAACCGGGCGCUGUUGCUAAUGGAUUUCCACGAGCUAUCGCAACACAACAAAUGUAUAAACCGCGAAUGCCUAACGGGCAAAUUGACGUCACCAGGCGGAUAGUGUCUCGAGCAACUAUUCGUCAGCAGACUGCAGUUUCUACUACGACGUUUACGCACCCUGCACCUCUUCCUCAACCGGGUAUUCAAAUGAGUAAUCCCACCUGGAAGCAAGCUCCGCCACGGCCUUCGAUCCGUAUUAACAACAUCGAAACUGGUAUCGUGAUUUCGUGGACCAUGGACGACCUAUCCGAGGGUCAUGCCACAAUAGUGAGCUAUCAGAUUUACGCUUAUCAGGAAACGACCGCUCCCCCAUCGAUGGAUAUGUGGCGACAUGUGGGCGAUGUUAAAGCGAUGCUGCUGCCAAUGGCUGUCACGUUGACACAGUUCCAGGAAGGUCAACGGUAUCACUUUGCUGUAAGAGCUGUCGAUGAACAUCAAAGAGUAGGCCAAUUCAGUCCACCACGAACGUGGAACGAAUCGACGCCUGCGAAAGCUUAAUAUGUUAAUAGCCCUUAGUAAUUGAACACAUUGGUGUUUUUUAAAUCUUGAAAAACAAACAGCAUUAGGAUUUAGAAAUGUGGAAGUAGCAGGUAAGCUCUAUUUAAUAUUACGAUUGUUCGGAUAGAUAUUUAAAUAGGCGUUAUACGGAACUAAUUCAAAUAGAUCAAAUAAACCAUAGUUUAAAGGCAUUUGCUUUUGAGUGUUUUGGUGUGUCGACUGUAUGUUUCAUAUUAAAACAAUAGAAAAAUAGCAAGAAGAUUACAUAUACGUAUGACAUGCGUUUGCGUGUUACCAGCUGCCUCAACGCUUUCGCGGGGGAAAACGUGGGUUUGUAAGGGUGUCCUUGCUCUAGUGAUGAAGUGACAUAGCGACAGUGGGCUCGCCGAUAGCAGUUUUUAAAUCGAAUACUUAUAACAACGUAAUCAUCGUAGGUCAUGAAGCUCUAGGCAACUUUAAAUGAAUUAUUCGUAUCAUCUUGGAAAGGUAGCAUUUAGUUAGAUUUAGGCAUAAACCAUCCUUUUAGAGAAGUAAGCAACAUGUAGAAAUAAAUUCAUCAGUAUUCUAAUAUAA